ACAUCUCCGCAUCUUCGCUGCUGCCGCAUCUCGACUUAUUCGCCAGCGACUGAGCCCGCGACGGAGCGGCAGAAAGUGGCAGGCUGCGCGUCUUUGCGUGUUAGCCUUGCCCCGGACUCGGUCAGAGCCCCGCGCGCUCAUCGGAGCGCUGCCCCAGGGUGGCCCGGGUCCUCCCUGGGGUGCAUGGGGCGGCACUGACGGCUUGGCGGUGCAAGCCAACUACCGCUCGCUCCAACAUGAACAUCGUGGGCGGCUACGCACACCACCACCACCACCACCACCACGCGCACCCCGCGCACCCCGUGCUCCACGACCCGUUCCUCUUCGGUCCGGCCUCGCGCUGUCACCAGGAGAGGCCCUAUUUCCAGAGCUGGCUGCUGGGUCCCCCUGACGCCGCUCCGGACUUCCCGGUCGCUGGGCCACCGUCUGCAGCCGCGGUGGCCUCAGCCUCUGCCGCUUACGGUCAGGACUCCAGUUCUGGCCAGAGCCCCGGGCAUCUGGAGGCCCUCAGCGGCCGCCUGGGGCGGCGGAAAGGAUCAGGACCCAAGAAAGAGCGAAAACGCACAGAGAGCAUCAACAGCGCGUUUGCGGAGCUGCGUGAAUGCAUCCCUAACGUGCCGGCCGACACCAAGCUCUCCAAAAUCAAGACUCUGCGCCUGGCCACCAGCUACAUUGCAUACCUGAUGGAUGUGCUGGCCAAGGACGCGCAGGCCGGCGACCCCGAGGCCUUCAAGGCAGAAAUCAAGAAGGUUGAUGGCGGUCGCGAGAGCAAGCGGAAAAGAGAGCUGCAGCAUCAUGAAGGCUUUCCUCCUGCCCUGGGCCCAGGCGAGAAGAGGAUUAAAGGGCGCACAGGCUGGCCACAGCAAGUCUGGGCGCUGGAGUUAAACCAGUGAGCCGAGGCCCGCGCGGAGGACCCCGCCACCGCGGCCCACCCCGAGGCCCGGGAGGCAGGAAGGUGGCCGGGAG